AUGGCCAAACUGCUCUCCUCCGCCUCGUCCCACGAGCUGCUCGCCCCGCCACCGGCCGUCUCCCUCCCCGUUGUCGACCUCCCCCUCAGUCACGACGAGGUCCGCCGCGCCAUCCUCGACGCCGGCAAGGAGCUGGGCUUCUUCCUGGUGGUCAACCACGGCGUUCCUGAGCAUGCGAUGCGGGAUAUGGAGGCGGUGUGCGAGGAGUUCUUCCGCCUCCCGGUGCUGGAUGUGGCACCCUUCUACUCGGAUGACAGACGCAAGCUCAACCGGCUUUUCUCUGGCACCACCUUCAACACCAGCGGCGACAAGUACUGGCUGGACUGCCUCCGCCUCGCCUCCACCUUCCCCGUGGGAGACAGCAAGAAUCACUGGCCCGAUAAGCCCCAAGGCCUUAGAGAGGUUGUCGAGACGUUCUUCCUGCUGACAAGAGGUGUGGGCAUGGAGCUACUGCGGCUUCUGAGCGAGGGCAUGGGGCUCCACCCUGACUACUUCGAUGGGGCCCUCAGCUGCGUCCCUGGUCUCCAAGUUUCCUACAAGGGUGAUUGGAUUAACGUGGAGCCUAUGCCAAAUGCCUUUGUCGUCAACUUCGGCUUGCAACUUGAGUUAAUGCAUCAAUGA